CGUCAGCGCCUCCGCCUGUCUUCCCGCCUUGCGCCGAGCCGCCUGAGGGGGAGGGGCUUCCCGGCGUGACGAGAUCCGAGCGCGCCCGCUCCGCCCCUCCUUUCCGGGCUCGCUCGGCUUCCCGCCCGCCCGCCCGGGAUGGCGCCGCGGCUGCAGCUGGAGAAGGCGGCCUGGAGCUGGGCCGAGACGGUGCCGCCCGAGGAGGUCGCGCAGGAGCACAUCGAGGCGGCCUACCGCGUCGGCCUCGAGCCUUGUCAGCGCGGCGCCUGCAGGAGAAACUGUAGAGGAAACCCAAACUGCUUGGUGGGGAUCGGUGAGCAUGUUUGGCUGGGUGAAAUAGAUGAGAACACCUUUCACAAUAUUGACGAUCCAAAUUUUGAAAGGAGAAAAAAGAAUGCAUUUGUGGGCCUCACAAACCUGGGAGCCACCUGCUACGUCAACACUUUUCUGCAGAUGUGGUUCUUGAACUUGGAGCUCCGGCAGGCACUUUACUUGUGUCCUAUCACUCGCCCUGUGCCAGUGACAGCAGAGGGCAUUCCAGCAAACAAAGAUUAUGAGCCUCGGACCAUUUGCGAACACCUCCAGUACUUGUUUGCUUUGCUGCAGAACAGUAGAAGGCGUUACAUUGAUCCGUCAGGAUUUGUUAAAGCCCUGGGGUUGGACACAGGUCAGCAACAGGAUGCACAAGAAUUUUCCAAGCUAUUUAUGUCUCUGCUGGAAGAUACUUUGUCCUCACAAAAAAACCCGGAUGUGCGCAACAUCGUUCAGAAACAGUUUUGUGGAGAGUACGCCUAUGUCACAGUUUGCAAUCAGUGUGGAAGAGAAUCCAAACUCAUCUCCAAAUUUUACGAGCUUGAGUUGAACAUCCAGGGGCACAAGCAAUUAUCAGACUGCAUUACAGAAUUUUUGAAGGAAGAGAAGCUGGAAGGGGACAACCGCUAUUUCUGUGAGACUUGCCAGAGCAAGCAGAACGCCACCCGCAGAAUCCGCCUCCUCAGUCUUCCAGGCACGCUCAAUUUGCAGCUGAUGCGCUUCGUCUUUGACAGGCAAACAGGUCACAAGAAAAAACUUAACACCUAUAUAGAGUUCUCAGAACUGCUAGACAUGGUUCCCUUCAUGGAAGACAAAGCUGGAGCCUCCGAAUAUGAGCUGAGCGCCAUUCUCAUUCACCGCGGUGUCAGUGCUUAUUCCGGCCACUACAUCGCCCACGUGAAGGAUCCCCAGACUGGGGAAUGGUACAGAUUUAACGACGAGGACAUUGAGAAGAUGGAGGGCAAGAAGUUGCAGCUGGGGGCAGAGGAAGACUUAGAGCCUUCAAAAGCUCAGAUUCGAAAGCCCAAGUGUGGGAAGGGGGUUUAUCGCUCCCGGAACGCAUACAUGUUGGUGUACCGGCUGCAGACACGGGAGAAAUCACUGACGGUUGAAAUUCCAGCUUUCUUGCAAGAGCUGGUGGAGCAGGAUAACUCCAGAUUUGAGGAGUGGUGUGCUGAGAUGGCAGAGAUGCGCAAGCAGAGCGUGGCCCGGGGCAAGGUCAAGCACGAGGAGGUGAAGGAGCUCUACCAGAGGUUACCCGCUAAAGCUGGGUGUCCUUACGACUUUGUCUCUCUUGAAUGGCUGCAGCAGUGGCUGGAUGAGGCCACGCCCCCCAAGCCCAUUGAUAACACAGCCUGCUUGUGCUCCCACGGCAAGCUGCAUCCAGAUAAGGUCCCGACCGUCAAGAGGGUCUCUGAGUAUGUCGCUGACUACUUUUACCAGAGAUACGGAGGAGGGCCCAGGCUGACAGUGAAGGCGCUUUGCCGAGAGUGCGUGGUGGAGAGGUGCCGGGUGCUGCGCCUGAAGAACCAGCUCAACGAGGACUACAAAGCAGUUGCCAACUUGUUGAAAGGGCCAGUCAAGUGGUACGUGGGUCCUCGGAGCGGAACCGGCGACGUUGGCAUGCUGGUGCCUGAGGCGCCGCCCAGCUGUGAGUUCUCGUCUCCCCCCCUCUGCAGUGACGAAGGCUUCUGGGUCGGCAAAUCCUCCUUGCGGAGCUGGCGUCAGCUGGCCCUAGAGCAGCUGGACGACGCAGAGGAGGACCUGGAUCCGAGCAACGGCAACAUGAAUGGCGAUGUGAAGAGCAAAGAUGAAACCGUCACUGAAAAGCAAGAGGAAGAGGACUGGAAGUUUAACGAGGAUAUCGUCUGCUCCCAUGGCAACCUCUGCAUAUCGGAGAACGAAAGGAGGGUCGUUUCCCAAGAAGCCUGGCAGAAGCUCCACUGCUAUUUCCGGAGCGCCCCAGAGUUCCCCACCAGCCAGGAUUCCUGCGCCCAGUGCAAGGUUCUUGAGCGGGAGGGUGAGGAGAACGAGGCCCUCCACAAAAUGAUGGCCGGCGAGCAGAAGCUGUCUCUCCCCAACCUCUUCCAAGACAAGAGCAGGCCGUGCCUGAGCAGCUGGCCAGAGGAGGCCGAUGAGCUUUAUGUCGUCUCAAAGUUCUUUGUGGAAGAGUGGAGGAAGUUUGUGAGGAGGCCCACCCAGUGCAGCCCUGUCUCGUCAGUGGGGAACCGGGACCUCCUCUGUCCGCACGGGGGCCUGAUGUUCACGUUUGCUUCCAUGGCCAAAGAAGACUCUAAACUUAUAGCUCUUAUAUGGCCCAGCGAGUGGGGGAAGAUCCAGAAGCUCUUUGUGGUGGACCACACCAUCCGAGUCGUCAGGAGGCGCCCUGCAGAGGUUGGCCCAGACAGUCUGCUCUACGUCACUGAGCCAGAGCUGUGCUCCGAGUGCCGUGAAGGGCUGUUGUGCCAGCAGCAGAGGGACCUGCGGGAGUACGCCCAGGCCACCAUCUAUGUGCGCAAAGUGGUGGACAACACAAAGGUCAUGAAAGACUCUGCUCCGGAGCUCAACGUAAGCAGCUCCGAGGCAGAAGAGGAGCGGGAGGAGGCGAGGCUGGAAGGGGAUCCAGAUCCAGAUUUUAACCAGGCCAGUAGCAACCCCAAACGGCAGAAAGUGUCCCACACAAACUACGCCGCCUACCAAAAACAGGGGAUUCGGCGAAGCACGCGGCACAGGAAAGUGCGCGGAGAGAAGGCUCUGCUGGUGUCUGCAAACCAAACACUGAAAGAUCUGAAAAUCCAGAUUAUGCACGCCUUCUCGGUUGCCCCUUUCGACCAGAACUUGUCCAUCGAGGGGAUGACACUCACGGAGGACUCCGCAACUCUCGGCAGCCUUGGAGUCACCCCCGAGUCUGUUGUCUUACUCAAGGCUGAUGAACCUGUUGUGGAUUAUGCAGCAAUAGAUGACGUUAUGCAAGUGUGCAUGCCUGAAGAAGGCUUUAAAGGGACUGGUCUUCUUGGGCACUAACAGUCCAGCAAGAAGGAUUUGGACACAGUUGGGCAUUCCAGGGAAGGGGGGCCUACGUCAGACCUGCUGUCAUUCAGAGCUCCCGAAGACCGAGCCCCUCCCUCCCUCCCUCCCCCCCUGCGGAAGGGCUGCGUCACCACGGGCUGUGCUGGGAGACAGCGGACUUUUCCAGAGGGAACAUUUCAGAUUUUCUGUUUAGUCAAACCAAGGGGGAAACUUCAGUAGCUGCGAGGGAUCAGUCGUCCUUUGGCUCUUGCCCUGCUCUUUCCUUCCGGCUUGGUCCAGCAGGUGCCUCUUCUGCGAUGCCUCUCUUGGGGGUUCGUGUCUGAUCGGGUUGAGGAGUCCUGCCUUGGAACUUGCCCCACAACCAGGAGUGAAAGCCAUGACUUGCCUACAGAAGCCUUCCUUCAGAAACUGCGGCUGAGCAAGACCCACACUUUGCCUGGGUGGGUUCACUGCCAACGUGCUCAGAGGCGGCCCCGGACCUUAAUAAUCGUCUUUAUCUGCAGAGUGACUUAAUUAUGUUACUUUAAUGACCCGCUGAGGGCUGGGCGCAGGGCUUGCCGAAUGAAGCUCCGGAUGGGGGCCACUUCCUGCUUGGAGUCCGGCACCUGAGUGGAAAGGGGUGGGGGGGGUGCCCUUCACUCUUCACUUGCUGGGGUCGUUGGAGAAAGGGCUUCUUGGCUUUGUGGUGCGUGCCCACAAGGAGCAUCGUCAGCAUUUUGAAAAGGGGGCGGCCCUGUCUUGUUCUGUGAGAAGCAGUCUUUUCCUGACUGUUGUACCGUGAUCUACGUUCACUGUUCAAGCGAGGGCCGUUGGACAAGGGGAGGGGUGAACCAACCAGAUCGGCAGGGGGCAUCUUGUGAGCCUUUUUGAGGGCGUUUCCAGUUCCUUCUUCACUUUUGGGGCAUGUUGAUGAUCCAGUGGCCAGCUGCGGAGGGCCUUCUCCGGUUAAAAAAUGGAGCUGAACUCCAUUUGGUUUUUUUUUUUCUUAAUUUCGUGAGGUCCAGGAGACCAGUAGCGAUUCACCAUCCCGUAGUGUGCGCUCCAUGAAGCCGCCUGUCUUCCUCUCUCUCUCUCUCUCUUUCCUGUGCAGCCUGGUCUGACGUGGCCUUUUUCAUUCUCACUGGAGACAGCCACACCUGGGUGCACUCGGCCCUCCCUCCCCCCUGGGAUUUUGAUAUUUUAAUUUCUAUCUGUUUUGUUUCUUCUGGUUUCCAGAUUAUUCCUUGAGGAUAAGGCAUGUCUGCAUUUGCUGGGAAGUAGCUUCGUCUACAGAACUGGGUGGGUGGGCACAUAUGCGUUGUGUGUGUAUGUGUGUACAUAUAGAGAGAGCGAGGGAGAUAAAAACAUACAUAUAUAUAGACACAGACAAUGCCUGAGUUGUACCAAUCUGACAUUUCCGCAGGCUGCCGAGGAACAGAUGAAAGCUGCGAGGGGGGGAGGGACUCUUUUUAUCUGUGCUUGCAAACCCUUUUGGACUAGUUUUCAGAGCCAUCAAGGACUUAUUAAAGCGGCAUCCUACA